AUGGAUAUAUCGCGGACUGCGGGUAAUCAAUGUGAAAUGAUUGAAAUGAACGCUGAAAAUGGGCAAAAAAUUGAUGGAACUGACAGCGACGCGACUAUAGAAACCUGGUAUGAAAACGAAUACGUUGUUGAAAAAGUCGUUGAUCAUCGUUUUGUGAAUGGCCAACUACAAUAUUAUCUCAAAUGGAAGGACUAUCCAGAUGAAGAAAAUACUUGGGAAGACGAGUCUGACAUCUUUGCCACUAAUUUGGUUGAAGAAUACUGGGCUAAAAAAGGUGGUCGACCUAUGGCUAAUACUUCAAGCUCGUCAGCUAGUGUCCCAGGCCGUCGUCGCCGUCGAUAUCGCUAUAACGCAAAAGAUAAUGACGACGACACGUUCAUGCUCGGUUCUACCAAUUAUGAUGAUAGCAAUGAUAAUCAAGAGAAAUUAAGUCGCCGUAAAAGUUCCUCUACACCUCAAAGAGAAUAUGAUGAUGG